AUGCAUCCCCUGCCCGUUCUAAAACCAGCCUGUUCCUCCGGAACAUACGACGUAGGCGGUAAAGCAGGCUUAAAUAGUCACGAAGGAGGGCAGAGUCGAGGCUUGGAGGAACAAUCAUCGCCCGAACAGAAGGAUGUUCGAGGACUUAGCAAUCUUACACCAGAAGAUCUAUUUUCAAUCAGUCUUAAGAACCAAACAUCUGCAUUGGGAGAUUCUAUCAAAAUAGAUCAAAAGCAAGAAAGUAAUGAUGACACAACUCAUAAAUCCGACGGUUUUAUAUUAGUCGAUAAUAUGUCCCAAGCUCCUGCAGAUGAAGUUCAUAUACCACAGCACCUUAAGAGUGAAGUACCUAGAAUCGAAGAUUUUACCAGAGUCAGUCAUGUGCAAAAAGACUAUGAUAGCAAACAUAAACCAGCCGCUUUCAUCUCAUUCGAUUCCAAGCGCGAAGUUCCAAAAGCUGAAGUUAAUAUACCAGGCAAUUCUAUGACAUCCAAUCCUGAACCUGAAUCUAUUAGAACUAGUGAUACAUAUAAAAGUAAUGCUGAUAAAACAGAGGUACCAACAUCGAUUAAUUCUGUGUCCGAUGUUCCUGAUUGUUCCUCUAAACCGAAUGUGGUCUGGAAGUUCAAUGAAUCAGUUUUCCGAAGAGAGAAAUAUGCCAAUAAGUCUUGGAAAAGGAAUGGUGCCAGGAGAUUCAAUCACUCAGAUAUUCCAGAAUAG